AUGCGUCGAUGGGGUCGACACAGAAUAAGCGUCCGUUAUGAAGAGAGUCCUGUUGAGCCAGCUGCUGCCGAUGGCCUCAGAGAAAACGAGACCAUCGUACAGCCAUCGAGGGAGCAACCAAACGAGCAACGGCGCUUGCUUCCUCCGCCGAAGCUGCGCAGCCGAUUGCCGCUCGUGGAUCCUUCCAUGUUGCAACGUGUAGGUACAGCGUACAGAAGCCAGUCGGAGAUAGAGAUUGCGACGGGAGCGGCAAUGUCAGCGUCAUGCGUCUCAGGAGCCUCAGCUUGGCCGGCAGUUGUGGGCGGAGAGCACUCCGACGACUUGGCAGCUUACUCUCCCACGGAGGUGUCGCAGCUCGUACAGUUCCUCGAAUCUGAGUUGGGACCACACUCUGUCCGGAAAGCUCGCCGCGACCAACAUGCCAGAAGACAGCCUAUCGCCUGUGGGGUGCAGAUUAUCAGUGGGCACAGUUGCAGCUAUGCCUGCCGUUACUGCUACAUUCAGGACUGGUACCCCUUCAUUGAACCCACCCCGACUCAGAUGUCAGGGCAAGAGGUUCUACUGUCCUUGCUGUCCAACCCGAAUUGGAUUCCGUCCCGAGAUUUCAUCAUCUUGGGCGACGUUUGUGAUCCCUUCCAUCCAAACCUAGAAGUGCGAACCAUGGAGUACAUUCGAGCUGCUGCUCCACUCGGCAGCCCAAUCCAGUUUUCAACAAAAUCGGGCAUCGGCCGACCUGUCUGCGAGCAGCUGCGACAGUGGUCUGAGACCUUUCAGUGUCCGAUAAACGCGCUGGUGACGAUCACUACCAUCAGACAUGUCCAGGAUCUGGAGCCAAACGCACCUUCGAUUCAGACGAGAUUGGACACUAUUCGCGCACUUUCGGCUGCUGGCCUUUCUGUGUUUGUCUUCAUGCGCCCUCUGCUGCCUGGAAGUUGUGAAGACUUUUCAGAAGUUCUGCAUGCUGCGAAAGCCUGUGGCGCUGAAGGUGUGGUGGUUGGCUCCUUGCGCGUUUCGAGGAAGAUUUAUCGACGGCUGCGGCAAUCGAAGACCGUGGACAUCGAGACCGUCGAUCAACAGCUGAGAGAGACAGGAAUGGAGCCACGCAGUCUGACAGAAGAGCAGGUGGACAUCCAAGACGAGCCUUUGAGGGCUGCUGUCGUUUCACAGGCUAGUGCCCUGGGCUUGUCGGCCGUUCGCAGAGCCUGCUGUGCCAACGCCAUUGGAUCACAGAUGCCCUGCCGGAAGGCAAAGUGUCUGAUGCGUGAGCUCAUGUGGUGA